AUGAUGAGCACCACAAUAGAGAGCAGCACUCGUCCCCUCGACGCCAUCGCCAGAGACUCGCAACACCCACGCGAACCCCACCCCUCCGCCGCCGCGACCGACGACGACCCUUCCCAGAACCGACCGGCGAAACGCCGCAAGACGGCGACGACCUCGAGCGCCUCUGAUCGACCCUGCGACAUCUGCCGCAGGCGGAAGCUGCGGUGCGUCAGGGAGCCCGGUAACGAGAAAUGCUUCCUGUGCGCUUUCCACCAGCAGCCGUGUACCUUUGUCGAGCAGCCGCAGAGGCGCAAACGGCCGAGGCGCCAUGUCGACGCUGCGCCGCCUGCCCCCGGGCCCAGCACGGCUUUGUUUGCUGUAGCAUCGGAAUUGGACGGGACAGCAGCAGCAAUGGAUGAGAGAGACGGUGAUUCGACGAGCGAGUAUACCGCCGUGAUGAAUUACAGAGCCCGCACGACCACUACGUCGACGGCGGCGGCUUCACCACCCGCCCCUGAAUCACCUGCGUCGCUGCUCAAUAGGACCUUGGGCCUGCACAAGACCACCCAUUCGGUCUACAUAGGGCCCAGCUCGCUGCAGGAACCGCGGCUGCUCGGGCGCGACGACUCGGCGUCAUUCGCCCCUGGGAAGCAGCAGAGCAUCCGAUACCGCCGCAUGGACCCCUCCACCGUCUUCAUUUCGAGCCCGGAUCAGCUCCCCGACGGGGAGGAGAGCGUGCUCGACGCCAUCGAGGCCCUGGUCCGCCCGAGCGGCCCCGCCCUGGUCAGCCUCUACUUCCGCAUCGUCCACCCCAGCUACCCGAUCCUGCACAAGGGCGUCUGGCUGGAAAAGUACCGGCGGAGCUACCGGGAGUUCUCCCCUCCGCUCCUGGCCGCCGUGUACGCGCUCGCCACCGACUGGUGGGAAUACGACCCGGCCCUCGCGGCGCUAGACAAGCCGCCCGUCGACCGGCUCGUCGCCACCGCCACCCAGGCCCUGACCGCCGCCAUGGGCCGCCCCAAGCUCUCGGCCGUCCAGGCUGGCCUGCUCCUGCUGCAGCGCUCGGGCGGCGACUCGUGGGUCCUGACCAGCCAGAUGGUCGCACUGUCCGAGGAGCUCGGCCUGCAUGUCGACUGCAGCUCCUGGGACAUUCCCGACUGGGAAAAGGGCGUGAGGCGCCGUCUGGCCUGGGCGGUGCUCAUGCAGGACCGCUGGGGCGCCCUCAUCCACGGGAGGCCGUCGCACAUCUCGGCCAGCCACUGGCGCGCCCCGCCCCUCGAGCUCGGCGACUUUCCCGAGUCGGCUGCCGACGAGGACGACGCCGAGGGCAGCGCAGAGGUCGAGAACGGCCGGUACCUCUUCAUGCGCCUGGCGCGCCUCACCGAGAUCAUGUCCGAGGCCCACUCGACCCUGUACGCGCCGCGCCGGGUCGGCAGCAGCAGCAGCAGCAGCAGCAGAGAACAGGACGCUGCCGGCAAUGACGAUGACGACGACGCGGUCCUCGCACUCUUGGAGGUGAUCAAGCCGACGGCGCUCAAGCUCAAGGAGUGGGCGAGCACGCUCCCCGCAGAGCUGGGCAUGGACGACGUGCGGGCUCGCAAGCUCUGCGCCAACGGCUACCUGCACCUCUCGUACUACGCGACCGAGAUCAUGAUCCACCGGCGCGUGAUCCGCAGCCUGACGCCCCGCCACGCCGACCACAUCCGGUCCAUAUGCCGCAACGCCGCCAAGACGCGCCUCGAGCACGCCACGGCCUUUGUCGAGAAGCUGCGCCCCGAGCACCUGCAGAGCUUCUGGUGGUUCGCCGCCCCAAAGUGCCUUGCCCUCGUCGGCGUCUUUGCCGCUCUGCUGUCCGCCACGGCCCGCGACGCCGCCGAGGCCGCCUUCUUCAAGCGCAAGCUGGACGAUUUUCACUGGACCCUAAAGGUCCGCUCCAAGGGUUCCGUGUCCAUGGCUGCGGCGGUUCGCGAGAUGGAGACUAGCCUGGUGGGUUUGGGCGCGUGA